CCCCACUCCUUCCGCCGCCACUCCUUCCGUCGCCCACCCUCCUCCUCGCCCUCCCACCGCCGCCGCAGCCGCCACUUGCUCCAACAGCCUCCCCCCCGUCCCCAGCGCCCUCCGCCCAGCCGCCUCCCAAACCCUAGCCGCCGCCACUCCGCUCCCUCCCGCUGUCGCCGCCGUCUACCAUCCAGCCGCCUCCUCCUCUGCGCCGGGACCGCCGCCUCCUCUACGUCGGGGCAGCCGCCGACGCCCUCUACACGGGGUCCCUCCGUCGCGGUACCCCCGUCCCGCCGCCGCUGCUGCUGGCGCCCAGGACAUCUCCUCCUCUGCGCCAGGGCCACCUCUGCCUCCUCUGCGUCCGGCGCCACCGCCUUUACACCGGGUCCGACUCCGCCUUUACGCCCUGGUCGCCUCCUCAUCUAGGACUGGACGAAGGGAAUUAAAUGAGCAAGGCUUACUCAAUUUUGAACUGCACUAAACUUUUUCAGUUUUCCAUAGAAUGAUAAGGGUAUGUUACUUUAUUGAUGACUAUGAUAUAACAUGGUAUUUGAGCCACUUUUGAUUCUAUCUGUUUUCUGCACAAAUGUUGGUAUGUUCUGCACAAAUGUUGAUCUAUUUUCCUCGUUAGUUUCCUCAUCACGUCUGAGUUAAAAAGAUAGGUAACAUUCACAUUAAGAAAUCUUUGACAGUCACUAGGCAGCAAGUAUGGUGGUUUUGUUUGGAGAAACAUCAAGCAUUAUAUAACUCAGCCAACCUGUAUGGUUUCAUUUCAUAUCUGUUUUCUAAUUGCUGCAAUUUCUCACAUAUACACAGUACCAUUAGACUUAUUGAUUCUGAUAUAACAGGUAUACAAUGAAAUGAAUGUGUUUUCUCUUAAAAUUUUAGAGUCUCUGAUUUCUUUUUGUUUACUAGGAGUGUAGGACAUGGUUUAUUUAUUUAUUUAAUAGGAUCCACUUCAACUGUAUAUAUCCAUAUGCAGUAUAUUGUCUCAUAUUUAAUUGGUUUUUUAUAUUUAAGUGACAGUUUUGCACAGAAAAAGAAUUGGAGACUGUUUUAGCUGCCAAAUGCCAAAAUGGUUGUAGGCUACCAUGCAGGCCUGGUGCAAAAGCAACACUAAAUUAUUUGUCUGACCGUGGAUUGUCUCUCUUCCCCACAAGUUAAUUUUCAUCUAUUUGUGUAUUAUAAUCGAGCUAUUGUAUUGUAUGAUGGUCAAAACUCUAUUGUUGGGUUAGACCAAUAAAUAAGCUUGAACUUCUGUGUACAUAUCUAAGGUACAUCAUCAUGAUAUGUAGAAUAGUAAACCAAUGUUGUAUAUGCUCGAUUUUUAGUUUUUUACAGUGAGUUGGGCAACUUUAAAUGAAAGGUGGACUAUUAAUAGGAGAUGGUACUAUUACUAUCUAGGUUGAAUUGAUCGUUCAGAUGACAUUCUCUUUAAUUGCAAAUUUCAUGUGUUACAAGGUUUCCUCAUUUACUUUCCUUCUUUCUCUGUACAUGUUUUUUUUUUCUCUUUUUUGAUCUUUCUCUUGUUCAGUCAGACGAUUGGACACAACCUCUUACCGUUGCCUCAUUGUCCUGCCUCUACAUGCCGCUGUCGCUGACACUCGCCUCACCGACUGCCAAUAGUCUGCCAUUUGAUUCUCUUGGCAAGAGGAAGGCCCCGCCGCGCUUAACCCAAGCAAGUGGAUAUAGUUCAAGCUUGAGGAGAAGGUGAAAGUCUGCCACAUCUCACACUUAUUUAGGUUUCUUUGCCAAUCUAUCAACUCAGUUGGUGUCUCAGGAGCUUCUUCAACGUCGGCUGUACCUCCUGCUUCUGUGUCUCUCUCUUCCUCCGCAUCGGCUCGAGAACUCGGAUAUGCUGUUAGCAACCGUCCGGUUCGCUCCGCCUCCUCCUCGCGUCGCCACCGCCGCUGCCGCUGCCGCCGCUACAGGGGGAAAUAUCUCGCUCAGGGAUGGCGCCCAUUGCGCGGUGCCGCCAUCGGAGGAGGACGGCGUCGACAUGGCGUGGGCGGAGACAGCGGAGGGAGCGUACAAGUGGCGCAUGGUGAUCGCCUACGACGGGACCAAGUUCAAAGGUUGGCAGUAUCAACCAUCGCCUCCAACCAUACAAUGUUGUAUUGAGAAUGCACUAACAUGCAUCACUAAGCUGGAUCGUAAGGAGCUCUGUUUGAUUGGUUCUGGCAGAACAGACACAGGUGUUCAUGCAUGGGGUCAGGUGGCGCAUUUCACCACACCUUUUUCCUACCAUUGUCUUGAUAGCAUUCACUCUGCAAUCAAUGGGCUUCUCCCACAUGAGAUUCGAGUGAGGGAAAUUAGUGCAGCAAAGCCUGAAUUCCAUGCCCGGACAUCCACAAAGAGCAAAAUUUAUCAUUACAAGAUUUAUAAUGGAGCAGUCAUGGACCCCUUUCAUAAUCUUUAUGCUUACCAUAGUGUGUAUAAACUUAAUUCACAAGCUAUGCGAGAGGCUGCAAAACAUUUUGUUGGAAUACACGACUUUACAUCUUUCGCCAAUGCAGUACACAAUGAUCGUGUGCGCAGUCCCAUAAAGAAGAUAAUGCGCUUUGAUGUUAUUGAAAUGGGUGCUAUCUUACAGCUUGAGGUUGAAGGCACUGGCUUUCUGUAUAGACAAGUGAGGAACAUGGUAGCUUUGUUGCUUCAAGUAGGAAGGGAAGCACUACCACCUGACAUUGUCCCACAUAUCAUCGCAGCAAGAGAUCGCAGGGAACUAGCAAAGGUGGCAUUAUCAGCUCCACCUCAUGGAUUGUACCUCAUGGCGGUCAACUAUGAUAAGGAAAUGCUAAACCCUCCUGAAGGUGCUCCUCCCAUUAGCUUUGGAAGGACUCAUCAAAUUAGCAAAUGUAAACUCUUGUUUUAUUGAUUCCUGAUUGACAUGCUUUCAGUAGGGUCUUCUUGUUUCCCAGUUUCUUUUGCCUACUAGAAUUUCUUUAUUGU